AUGGAAGCUGAUACAAUAACAGGAAUAAGAGUUCAUGCAUAUGAAGAUUUAGACUCACUAACAGUUGACCAAGCCCCAAUUCCAGAGCUAGAAGACACUCAAAUUUUAGUCAGAGUCGAAUAUGCCCCAAUCAACAUUAUCGACCUCAUGCAAGCUUUAGGUCACUAUCGCAGACAACCUCUUCCCCACUUUAUCGGAAACGAAGGCAGUGGAACCGUCAUAAAAAGCGGAGCCCACCCAUAUGCUCAAUCUCUUGUCGGAAAAAGAGUUUCAUUUGAAGCUAGUGUCCAAGGCUUUGGGGCUUAUGCAGACUAUUUAGUUACUUCCGCAUUUAAUGCUUUUCCUUUAAAAGAUUCAGUGACUUUUGAACAAGCCGCAAGCUUAAUAAUAAACCCUAUGACUGUGGCUUUAAUGGUCGAAAAGCUAAAAGAAGGAAACCAUAAAUCCGUAAUUAUUAAUGCGGCAGCUUCAGCUAUAGGGAAAAUGCUUAUAAGAUGGUGCAAAUUAUUGAAUAUCACAACAAUUAAUUUGGUAAGAAGACAAGAACAAGCUGAUAUAUUGAUUUCAAUAGGAGCUGAACAUGUUUUUAAUACGUCUAAUGAUGGGUGGAAAGACACUGUUAAAGCUUUAACGACACAACUUGGGACAAAAAUUGGAUUUGACGCAAUUGCGGGAAGUGCAACUCAGGAUAUGAUAGAUUUGUUGAAUGAAGGUGGUGUUUUGUAUGCGUAUGGAAUACUUUCUGGACAGCCAGCACAAUUUAUGCCGCCGAGUCUGGCUGGAGAUAAGAGCAUAAAAGGCCUUUUUCUUGCACCUUGGCUAAGAAGUUUGACGGUUGAGAAAAGGGUUGAAGUUGGGUAUCAAGUUCAAGAUUUAAUUGGGUAUGCAUUGAAGACUGAUUAUGUAGCUGAAGUGACGCUUGAUGGGGUUAAAGAUGCGCUGAAACAAUAUGCUGAUAAGAAAACUGAUUCCAAGUUCUUAGUCAGAACAAGAAGAUCUUAA